UUUCAGUUCAAACAUAACAAUAUGGAUUUGGUAAGAAUAUGCUUAAAAACUAUUCGCAGAGGAAAAUUCUAGCAUACCUGUUAUGCACUUAAACAAUAGAGCACAAACGAUAACGACAACAAAUCAAAAUGGCCGAUCUCGAAGCUGUUCUUGCAGAUGUAAGCUAUUUGAUGGCUAUGGAGAAAUCCAGAAAUCAGCCAGCUGCGCGAGCAUCCAAAAAGAUUAUUCUUCCGGAUCCGAGUGUUCGAAGUAUUAUGCAAAAGUAUUUGGAGAAAACGGGUGAAAUUAAAUUCGAGCGGAUAUUCAGUCAACGCUUAGGCUUUUUAUUGCUAAAAGAUUUUGCGGACAAUAUUUGUGAAACGGCAUGUCCACAAAUUAAAUUUUAUGAAGCGAUAAAGGAAUAUGAGAAGAUGGGAACUGCCGAAGAGCGUUUAAUUAAAGCUCGUGAAAUCUAUGAUCACAACAUUAUGGUCGAAAUGCUUGCCCAUUCACAUAAUUACUCAAAAAGCUCUUUACAACAUGUGCAAAGGAAUUUAAUGAAAAACAACGUACAACCGGAUCUUUUUCAGCCAUAUGUGCUUGAAAUAUACGAACAAUUGAAAGGUGACAUCUUUCAAAAAUUCUUAGAAAGUGAUAAAUUCACGCGAUUUUGUCAGUGGAAAAAUUUAGAGCUGAAUAUGCAAUUAUCAGUGAACGAUUUUUCGGUACAUCGAAUAAUUGGACGUGGCGGCUUUGGUGAGGUAUAUGGAUGCCGUAAGGCAGAUACAGGCAAAAUGUAUGCAAUGAAAUGUUUGGAUAAGAAAAGGAUUAAGAUGAAACAAGGUGAAACGCUUGCACUUAAUGAACGUAUCAUGCUUAGUCUUGUUAGCACUGGAAAAGACUGUCCGUUUAUUGUUUGUAUGACAUAUGCAUUUCAAUCACCUGAUAAGCUGUGUUUUGUACUUGAUCUCAUGAAUGGUGGCGAUCUACAUUAUCACCUCAGUCAACAUGGUGUCUUUUCCGAAUGUGAGGUAAUAUUUUAUGCAGCAGAAGUAAUCCUUGGCUUGGAGCAUAUGCAUAAUCGUUCUGUAGUGUACCGAGACUUGAAACCGGCUAACAUCCUAUUGGAUGAAAAUGGACACGUACGUGUUUCCGAUCUUGGUCUAGCAUGUGAUUUUUCGAAGAAGAAGCCACAUGCCAGUGUCGGAACGCACGGGUAUAUGGCUCCGGAAGUGCUUGCAAAAGGUGUUGCGUACGAUUCUUCCGCUGAUUGGUUCUCAUUUGGCUGCAUGCUAUAUAAACUGCUCAAAGGACAUAGUCCCUUCCGGCAGCAUAAUUCUAAGCCGGGCAUUAAGAACAAUGAUACGGAGAAAAUGUUGAUAACUCAUGAUAUUGAUCUCUCUGAUGCUGGAUUUUCACCGGAAUGCCGAGAUUUGAUAGAAGGCUUACUGAAACAUAAUGUUCCGGAUAGGCUUGGAUGCCAUGGAAGGGGGCCAGAAGAAGUGAAAGAACAUCCAUUUUUUGUUUCGAUAGAUUGGCAAACGGUAUAUUUAAGACGGAUGCCACCACCAAUUAUACCACCAAGAGGUGAAGUAAAUGCAGCCGAUGCUUUUGACAUUGGUAAUUUUGACGAUGAUGAAGUGAAAGGUAUUAAACUAACCGAAACCGACAGUAGAUUGUACAAAGAUUUCAAUAUAACAAUUUCGGAACGAUGGCAGAAUGAAAUAGCAGAUACAAUUUUCGAAGUGGUAAAUCAGGAUGCUGAUAAAGCUGAGAGUAAGAAACGAGCUAAGCAACGAGCUAAACUUGGUAGUGAUGAAAAAGAUUCGGAUGUAAUCAUACAUGGUUAUAUCAAAAAACUGGGUGGACCAUUUACAUCUGCAUGGCAAACUCGUUAUGGAAAACUUUACCCAAGUCGACUUGAGCUUUACCCGGAAUCACUUAAUGGUAAACCGGAGCUAGUAUUUAUGGAUCAAAUUGAGGAUGUCGCUGUAGAUUUACAUAAUGUCAAAGGAGAGCAUUCAGUGGUGAUAAAGUUGAAAGAGGGUUUUAAAGAGACAAAACUGAUUCUUACUAAUCAGGAUGAAAUAUCGCUAGGUGAAUGGCACACCUCACUUAGAACUGCUCAUCGGGUAUCUUCCGAGUUAUUGCAAAGAAUGGGCCGUAAAGCAAUCAAAAUAUAUGGAGUAAAUCAUGAUCCAAUGCUGGAGGAUAAUGAACGUAUAACAUCCGUUACGAAAGCGCUUUUGAAUCGAACAACUUCCUUUGAUUCUGGAGUAUAAUCUCUGAUUGCUGCAAUAAUUUUAGCGAAAUGCUUUUCUCAUGUAAACCUUAUUUGUACUUCCGAAGACAUCUGGGCUGACGUGAGUAGCAAUGACGGAAGAAGUACCUUUAGGAUCAGAUUAAGGAGAUUUUAAAUUAAAGUAGCUGUUGAAUAAAGUUUGUAAUUUUCCAUCUCACUCUAACCACUUUAUCUAUUGGACUUCUCAUUCUCAGGCAAUAUGUGUGCAUAAAUGAAGAUGUGGGGAAC